AUGGAGCAGGAUGAGCCAGGGGAUGGCGAACAUAGUCCGGGGCUGCCGUCCGAUCAUAGCGAUGGCGGAGAUAAAACUCAUAAACCUGUCUCCGGAGAGGAGAACAGUCCGGACGAUGAUGCAUUCAUCAUCCCAGAAAAGCACUUGGAACAAGAAGACCUCCGCAAAAGGCUUAUCGCCAUCGCGAGGAGCUUGAAGAAGCAGAAGCAAAGGCUUAACGCCGCGCAGGACACGCUCAACCGCAGAUGGAACAAAGUGCUCGACACUGAAGAAAAAUACGGAGGCAAUCGGCACACCAAGAGCUACCCAAAGCGCAAGCUUCUGCCUGAAUUCGACAACGAGAUCAACCUAGACUCCGGAAAGGGCUACAUGACUCAUGGGAUGGCUAAUGCUCUGUUUGGCAAGUGGGAGGAAGUUGCUUGUGACCUGAACGCUGCAUCAAACAUCGACUGCGAUGAUGAGAUCAAUGCUGUGAUCAAGAAGGAUCCUGAAAUCUGGGGACACAAGGGGUGA